AUGACAUCAUUAGCCAGUGUCAAUGCAGCCACCAAUGCCGUGCACCUCCCGCCCAUCAUCGGAGAUUACAGCCUUGGCUAUCUCCUUCGCUCUUCAACGGAAUUCCUUGAAGAAAUCCGAGACUCCCCAGGAACAGGCACUAUCGCCUCCUUGGACGUAGAAUCCCUUUUCACGAACGUUCCCGUUGACGAGACCAUCAAUAUCAUUAUGGACCGCAUCUACAGGGACCCCUCUACACCCCAGCUGAAUAUCCCAGAAGACACUCACAAAGAACUCGACCGAGUCACUCAGAUGUUCGUACUAAAAACGGGUAUCCGAAUCGACUUGUUGAUAAAGAAGUCCGAACAGCGCUGGACCGGUGGUACGGCGAGACAGCCAGCAGCCAAUGGCAUCGCGAGCCGUCGUGACACAACGCCCAGGGAAGCCUUGCCCCAGCCUCGACGGUCUGCUAGGCUCAACUUCGCCGACCCCUUCAUCGACGAGAACGUCUUGAAGAAAACUUCCUUCAACCAAUGGCGGGAGCGCAUUGCGCAAACCGGCCAAUGGAAAACGCAGCUAGCGCUCCUCUCCCUAGACUGCUCUGACACGGAAGACGACCUUUCACAGGACAAUGGUGGCUUUACACUUACUAAAGAGGAUUUGGCGAAUGAAAGGCCAGAACCCCCAGACCACCACCAGAACGUUGCAACAGCAACACAAACCACCCCCACAACACACAUCAUACCCUCAACACCUACCACAACAAAACCCACCCACACAACAACAACACCCACAACAAACAUCACACCUCAGCAACCAACGGAAUACAACCCACCUCCACUACAGCAACAACAAACCACAGCAACACAGCACCAAGACCCCAGAUAUAGGCAGCAGAAACCCCCCACCAAUCAAAGACGCAAUCCACCUACACAACAACCACAACAAGACCAACAACAGAACACAUACCACAGAGACCCCAGACAGACACAAAACCAAGAUACAAACAACACGCCCACACCUGCCUCAAACCCCAUGUCCUUCUACUCCACAUCAACUCGGAAAACACCCCUACUUCCCACCCCACCCAAUCACAUGAACACACCCCCCACCCCCAACUACACCCGUGACGGUAGUACCAGUGCCGAAAGUCAGCACAACACCGUAGAGCAGACACCAGAGAAAGGCCAACUAUCGCAUCAAGAUGAUGAUGAUGAUGAUGAUGAUGAUGAUGAUAUGAUGAUGAUGAUGAUGAUGAGAUGA